AUGUGUACAAGUUUCCUAAAGCAUAGAAACAGGGUGUUUAUUGGGUCAAGCAUCAAUUGGAAUUUUACCAUGUUUCUAGGUGAUAAAGAAGGUCGAGUCAUAGGUCUUUAUGGGCUAACUACUUCACCAUUAUCCAUUCAGGGAGAUAUUCACAAAGCAUUAAAUGCAGCCGAAGGAAUGGGGAUUGUUAUAGGAUCGGGAAUGGCUUCUCAAAAGCGUGAAUGGAGAAUUUUUAACACAAAAGAAGCUAAGCCUAUUGGCAAAGAGCCUAUUGGCGAAGUGUUGUGA